CACCUGGCCUGCUGGACUGAUGACUACUAGCGUGACCGCACUUCCUGACCAAGAGACUGGCCAGAUAAAGAUGCUGCAUGUCCACAUAGUCAGAUUUCGAGAGUCAUCUGGGGUGGCGUUGUUCAUCAGUGCAGUCCAUGGUGUUGCGGACGGUACCGGCUUCUACAGUUUCGUAAAUCGCUGGGCAGACGAAAUGCGAGCAUUGCUGACUGGAGUGCCUGCGCCUGAGAUAAGUGUCUGCUUUGAUCGUGCGGUUCUUAUCGGUGACCCUACUGAUGAGAGAGCCGAGGUUGAUGAUCUCCUCCGAGUUAGUAUUACAACCCCUCUGCCAGCAGCAAUAGCCAUGGGAUCACUCUCUCCAAUAGAGCGCAACAAGGCAAUUCAUGCCGGUACACAGAAUGCUAACCACCAAGGCUGCCUCUACCGGAUCGGCUACGACAAGCUUGCAUGUCUGCGAGAUGGUGUGCAGAAGUGCACAGUGGAUGGUCCCCGGGUUUCAAUUAACGAUGCCCUGAGCGCACUGAUCGUCAAGACGGUGUCUCAGGCGCAGUCUGCAAAUAUGGCUGAGUUUCUUAACUCGCCAAGCAAGCCUAGUGACAUGGCGCAUCUCCAUUUGACCAUCAUUGCAUGCGAUUGUCGCCGCCGUCUUGGUAUAUCUGACAUGAAUUAUAUUGGAAAUGCCCAAUAUCUUCCUAUGACGACAAACCCAAUCGAGAGAACCAUCCAGGCAACAACGUUCGAAACACUGGCCGAGGUUGCAGCACCACAGAUACGGGCCUAUUUUGAUGUGCUAAACCAGAACCCAACCCUUUUCAUGGGCCCGUCUCGGUUUGGACUGUACGACAUAGACUUUGGAUAUGGAGCUGCGGAUUUUGUUACUAGUCGCCCCACUCGAUUUGCCUGAUAUAGUCAGCAUCCUGCCUACUCGCCCACCAAGCAAGGAUGUGUAUAUUUCCAUUACUGACACACCAGCAGUGCUUGAGAGCAUCCACAGUAACAACUUUUGGAGACGUUUUGCUGAUUUUGUCUACUAGAAUUAAUUGUUGGAAUUGCAAUGCCAAGCCACUCCAUCAUAAAUCA